GAUGGAGCAAAUCCUCUUGUUCCUCCUGGUCUGCAUAUGUGAGCAGGGGCUUUCAGCCUCAGCUCCAGUUGAGGUCCAUGGAAUACUUCCCAAGAGCAAAACUAAAGGAGUUGAUUUCUGUGGUGUGGACAAGUAUUACUACAUUGUCCGUUCAGACCUGGGCUGCUACUUGAGAUCUACUAAUUUCAAUGCAGGCGAAGACCUGGAGAUAUUUGGUCUGCACAACGCUGUCCGUGGUGGAGACCACUACCUGGCCCAUAGUGAUGACUUAUUUUAUGUUAUCAAGGGGGACUCUUACCGCCGAGUAACCAACCUGAACGCUGACAGUGAUAGUGUGGUCUACACUCUCCAUCCCAACUGCCAAAACGGAGACCAUUACUUCUCCCAUGAUAAGUACUUUUACAUUAUAUUCAAGAAGAAGGGAGUGUACCGCCGUGUCACCAAUAUGCAUGAAGACCUAGAUGUCGUUCAGAAACCCCUUCACCCAAAGGCCAAAGACGGUCUGUAUUACUGGGGAAUCAAGGACCAUAUAUACCUUGUGAAACCAAAUAGCAAAUGGGGAGUUGAGUAUCACCGAAUGGACGACUUUUCAAACGCAAACCCUUCCACAUUUUCCUUCCAUGCUAGUGUGCUCAACUUCCUCCCUGGAGGCGUGUCUAUAAAUCAUGGUAAAGCUUUUGGUGUCUGGCAGCCUGUCAAGACUGUCAGUAAUAAUGCCAAAAUAAGUGUUGCUUGGGAACAGCAAAUUGUUAGGAAGGUUGGAUAUGAGAAGAAAGAGAUGCACAGCAUGGAACACAACUGGAAAGUAUCUUCGAGUGUUACAGUUGGGGCAGAAGGUCUCACUAAAUUACUGUUGACGGCACAAAUUUCCCUGACAGCUGAAUAUGGUGGGACGAAGAUUGACAGCAAAGACGAAGCAUGGAGCGAUGCAACUGAAGUCUCUGAAAAAGUCAGCUUCACUCUUCCUCCAAAUUCCAACAUUUAUUUCUGGCAAUACAAGCUGGGUUUGGGCAAGGUUGACGUAUUGUACUGCCGUGACCUGGCUUUUACUGAUGAUUCUAAGCCACCUACUUUUGUCCCAUUGCCAUCGGCAGCUGAUUAA